AGUAUUAUUUCCACUGUUAGUAUUCUUCACACGUCUGCCACGCUGACUGGUGUUGCUUCAGUUUUCUUUUUCUUAUUUCUUAUCAAGUGCUCGAGCGCGUACAUCCUUUUUUUUUCCCGUUGCCUUUUUCAGUUUAUUUUUGCUAACAUUAUUCAAGUUUUUUCCUCCCCCCUUUUCACGUACUUGCCGUAUCCAUUCUCGGGAGCAACGAGCUGGUGGCGAGCGCUAUCAUUUCAGACACAGACACAGACACAGACACACACGAAAAACUUUACUAAUGAGUUCAAGUGAUAAGGUGGUCGAAAACACCCCGUGCGUCGACUCGGGAAGUCUCUUCAAGUUCUGGUUCAACCCAGGCAAGAUAUUCCGCACACCCAACAAGAAACUGAAGGAUGUGAAUGAGGUCGUCGUCGUCGGCUCCGGCCACUACAACGGCCCAGACAUGAACGCCUACGUCAACGCAGGAAGAAAGAAGCUGCUUUUCUUUUCCUACCGCAACUGCUUCCCCAAGCUGCCAAACGGCUCCACAACGGACUCGCGCUGGGGGUGUCUCAUUCGCACCACUCAGAUGCUCUGCGGAACGGCUUUGCUGCGGUACCACUGCAACGGUGCUGUGGCGCUGCCGGAAGAAGGCAAUGCGGCGCUCAAGAAGAAGCUGUCACAGCUCUUCAUGGACCUCCCUUCUGCCCCGCUUGGGAUCCACAAGGCAGAGGAGAUGGCGCACGAGAACAGUGUGAAGUAUGCCAGCAUGCUGUCCCCGACGGAGGCUGCGAUGGCGCUUGGGGCGGCGCUCGUCGCCUACCACGACGCAGGCGGCGAUGUCCCUUUCACCGUUUGCUGCGCCGACCGCAACGUGGAUGCACCGGCGAUUCGGCAGCAGCUGAACGAAGGCGAGCACGUCUUUCUACUGAUUCCUGUCGUGUUGGGUAUCGCGCCGAUUCUGGAGAAGUAUCAAUCCAUGAUGCUGAAGUUUUUUGACAUGAAGUCGUCUUGCGGUAUCGCUGGCGGCUACAAGGCAGCUUCGUUCUACAUGUUUGGCCACCAGGGCAAGAGCGUCUUUUUCCUGGACCCCCACUACGUCCAAACCGCCUACACGUCUGAGAAGUCCGCCGGCGCUCUCACUGGCGCACGAGGCAACCUGGCCACCCGCCACUUCGAUCCGUGCAUGGUGCUGGGCUUCUACCUGCACACUUCGGAAGACUUCGAUGUGUUCUUAAAGGAGCUGGCCGCGGUGAACACUCUGGUGGCGUUCCCGUUGAUAAGCGUGAGCCACAAGGCAAAGGAGGGGCCUGCCCCUGCGGCCGCGGCUGGCGAGUCCGAAAGCGGGACGAGCCAAAGCGGGGAGAAGGCGGAGAAGGAAGCAGAUUUCAUACAGGACGAUGCCGCCCCACCACUCGCCCUCAAUCCCCUGCGAAGAUUCUCAGAGGAGGCGCCAAUGUACCCUGCGUAA